CUGAACCGACUUUCUCCUCUAGCUGGAGAAGAGAAGAGCCGAACCAACAAGGCAAAGGAGGACUUGGAGAAAGAAAAAAAACGAACACCAACCAACCAAAGCAAAGCAACCGGGAGCUUCUCGGUGACGCCGCCACAAAAGGCAACGGAAAGCCCCGCCCCGCAUCGAUGCCUCCCCUGCUCCCCUCACCCGCCUCCCUCUCCUCCACCUCCCCUCUCCUCCUCGCCUCCCGCCUCGGCGGCGGCGGCGCCCUCCGCCCCACCACCACCUCCACCUCCUCCCGCCUCACCCGCUUCCUCGCCCCCACCCGAACCACCACCCCGAACAGCGGGUUCGCGGCGAUGAGCUGGCUCGGGAAGCUGGGCCUGGGCGGCGGGGGUAGCCCGCGGGCCUCGGAGGCGUCGGCGGCGCUGGCGCAGGGGCCCGACGAGGACAAGCCGGCGCCCGGGAACGAGUUCGCGCAGUUCGGCGCCGGCUGCUUCUGGGGCGUGGAGCUGGUCUUCCAGCGCGUGCCCGGGGUCACCCGCACCGAGGUCGGGUACAGCCAGGGCGCCCUCCACGACCCCACCUACGAGGACGUCUGCACCGGCGCCACCGGCCACAACGAGGUCGUCCGCGUCCAGUACGACCCCGCCGCCUGCAAGUUUGACGAUAUCCUCGACGCCUUCUGGGCCAAACACGACCCAACCACGCCCAAUCGCCAGGGGGGUGAUGUUGGGACCCAGUACAGGUCAGGAAUCUACUACUACACCCCGGAACAGGAGAAGGCAGCGCUGGAGUCCAUGGAGAGGCAGCAGAAGGUCCUGAACCGGAAGAUAGUCACUGAGAUCCUCCCUGCGAAGAGGUUUUACAGGGCGGAGGAGUACCACCAGCAGUACCUGGAGAAGGGCGGUCGCUUCGGCUUCAGGCAAUCCGCGCAGAAGGGCUGCAACGACCCCAUCCGCUGCUACGGAUGAACGAGCAUGGCUACCAGCAAACAAACAGGCACAGGCAGCACAUUAUAGUUGAGAGCACUGCCUGAAUAAGGUUGGGUCACAUCUGAAUUUCAGUACAGUUUUCUUAGCUUAAUCCAAGGAUUGUAAGAGAGAAGCUAUUACCACUGUACUUAGUGUUGGGUUACCAUCGUGCUUAGUGAUAAAUUGUGGUUUGGAGCGGUAUAUAUUCCAUUUGAUUGUGUUAAACAAA